GCGGUGCUUCGGAGCGCCGGUGGUUCGCAGACAGCGGAGCGGCCGCCGCGGCGACGUUACCAUGAGCUUCAUGCCGCCGAGAGACACCUAUCCACACGGCUCCACUCUCAGAUCCAUCCGUAGGAGUGUCAGCGGCGCUGACCAACUCUGUACGACCGCACAAUGCCCGGGGGAAAAAGAGGGCUGGUGGCACCGCAGAACACUUUUUUGGAAAAUAUUGUCAGGCGCUCAAGUGAGACCAGCUUCAUUCUGGGGAACGCCCAGAUUGUGGAGUGGCCCAUAGUUUACAGUAAUGACGGUUUCUGCAAGCUGUCUGGGUACCAUCGGGCUGAAGUGAUGCAGAAGAGCAGCACGUGCAGUUUUAUGUACGGAGAGCUGACUGACAAGAAGACAAUAGACAAAGUCCGACAGACCUUUGAUAACUAUGAGUCCAAUUGCUUUGAAGUUUUGCUGUACAGGAAGAACAGGACACCUGUGUGGUUCUACAUGCAGAUUGCACCAAUCAGGAAUGAGAAUGACAAGGUAGUCCUGUUCCUGUGCACAUUCAAAGACAUCACUGUAUUCAAGCAGCCCAUCGAGGACGAAUCAACUAAGGGAUGGACCAAGUUUGCACGGCUGACGCGGGCACUCACCAACAGCCGCAGCACCAUGCAGCAGCUGACAACCAUGAGCAAGACCGAGGUCAGCCACAAGCAGUCACGACUGGCAGAGGUUCUCCAGCUGAGUUCUGACAUCCUCCCCCAGUAUAAGCAAGAGGCUCCCAAGACACCACCUCACAUUAUCCUGCACUACUGUACCUUCAAAACAACCUGGGACUGGGUGAUCCUCAUUCUCACCUUUUACACAGCCAUCAUGGUGCCCUACAAUGUGUCCUUCAAGACCAAGCAGAACAACAUUGCCUGGUUGGUACUGGACAGUGUAGUGGAUGUCAUCUUCCUGGUGGACAUUGUGUUGAACUUCCACACCACCUUUGUGGGCCCUGGCGGCGAGGUUAUUUCGGACCCUAAACUCAUCCGUAUGAACUACCUGAAGACCUGGUUUGUGAUUGACCUGCUGUCUUGCCUGCCCUAUGACAUCAUCAAUGCCUUUGAGAAUGUGGAUGAGGACUCCUUUGUGGAUGCUGAGGGAGUGGGUACAACAGCAGCAGGUGUGUCGCCUGCAUCAGCACGACAGCCCGGUGCCAGCAUCCCGCUGCCAGGUAUCAGCAGCCUCUUCAGUUCCCUGAAAGUGGUCCGGCUGUUGCGGCUGGGCCGCGUGGCCCGCAAGCUGGACCACUACCUGGAGUAUGGUGCCGCCGUACUGGUGCUGCUGGUCUGCGUCUUCGGCCUGGUGGCUCACUGGCUGGCCUGUAUCUGGUACAGUAUUGGUGACUAUGAGGUCAUCGAUGAGCUCACCAACACCAUCAAGACAGACAGCUGGCUCUACCAGCUGGCCACUAGCAUUGGCUCACCGUACCGCUACAAUGCCAGUGGCUCCGGACAGUGGGAGGGCGGGCCCAGCAAAGACUCGCUCUACAUCACCUCUCUGUACUUCACCAUGACCAGCCUUACUACAAUCGGCUUCGGCAACAUCGCACCCACUACCGACGGCGAGAAGAUCUUCUCAGUGGCCAUGAUGAUGGUGGGCUCUCUCCUAUAUGCAACCAUCUUUGGCAACGUGACCACCAUAUUCCAGCAGAUGUAUGCCAACACCAACCGCUACCACGAGAUGCUCAACAACGUGCGUGACUUUCUCAAGCUCUACCAGGUACCCAAAGGCCUGAGCGAGAGGGUUAUGGACUACAUCGUCUCCACCUGGUCCAUGACCAAGGGCAUUGACACCGAGAAGGUGCUCUCAAUCUGCCCCAAGGACAUGCGGGCUGACAUCUGCGUCCACUUGAACCGCAAGGUGUUCAACGAACACCCAGCCUUCCGGCUGGCUAGUGAUGGCUGCCUCCGAUCCCUUGCUGUGGAGUUCCAGACCAUUCACUGCGCUCCAGGUGACCUCAUCUUCCAUGCUGGCGAGAGUGUGGACACGCUGUGCUUUGUGGUGUCAGGGUCCCUAGAGGUCAUCCAGGACGACGAGGUCAUUGCCAUCCUAGGCAAGGGGGAUGUGUUUGGGGAUGUGUUCUGGAAGGAGACCACCCUGGCUCAUGCUUGUGCCAACGUGCGGGCGCUUACCUACUGCGAUCUGCACAUCAUCCACAGGGAUGCGCUGCUCAAGGUGUUGGAGUUCUAUACUGCCUUUGCCAACUCCUUCUCCCGCAACCUCAUCCUCACCUGCAACCUGCGCAAACGGAUCAUCUUCCGGAAGAUCAGCGACGUGAAAAAGGAGGAGGAAGAACGUCAGCGGCAGAAGAACGAGGUGACGCUGACCAUCCCCGUGGACCAUCCGGUCAGAAAGCUCUUCCAGAAGUUUAAGCAGCAGAAAGAAUUGCGUUCACAAGGCUGUACGUCACUGGAGCCAGAGAAGAACCAGCUGCACCCUCACCCUCACCCUCACCCACACCACCCACUGCAACAUGGACACCACCCCAUGCAGAAUGGCGCCCCUCACAGCGGCGGCAGCAACAGCAGCAGCGUGGUCACCGUCUCGCAGAUCACGCCCAUACAGAACUCGCUGGCUUACAUCAGGACGGGUGAGGCUGCCAAGCAGAGCAGCCGGGACAUACUGGAGCUGAAGCCGAGCCUGAGCGCGGGCGAGCCAAGCUGCUUGAAGGCCCACAGCCCCACGCCUGGCAAGCCUGCCGGCAGCCGUGGCUGGAUGCGCCUCCGCAACAACAUGGCGCCGCCUGACGAAAGGACGGAGGGCUGGAGUAACGUGCCAAAGACUGGCUCCGCGGACCUGCCUUCAGAGGAGGCCAGGGGCUGCGAGGCGGAGAGCGGGGGCGGGAAGAAGAGCUCCCUCCGCAAGACAGACUCUUGCGACAGCGGCAUCACCAAGAGCGACCUGCGGCUGGACAAGGCGGGCGAGGCGCGCAGCCCCGCUCCGCCCGAGGGCCGCCAAGCCUUUCAGCCGAUCCCCGAGCAGGCCCUGCACGCCAGCCUGCAGGAAGCCAAGCUGGAGCUGAAAGCCGACAUCCAGACGCUCGGCGGACGUUUGGCUGCCCUGGAAGCCCAGGUAGCCGAGAUUCUCAGGCUGCUCUCGGAGCCCAGGCAGCUGCCCCCGGCCUUGGCCCCCCGAACCAAAACAAGCCGGCAGGACAUUUUCACAGUCUCCCAGCCAGUCACGCCGGAGUCAGAGAAGGACGUGGGCCAGUUUUAAAGUGAAAACUUGAUAAGUUAUUUGCACAUGUUCCUUCCACGAACAAAUGAGAGGCGCGGGUUGG